GUGGGGUUAUCGAUAGCGACCAUCAAGAAAAUAAUUGAUCCAGCAUCUCUUAGCAUUGGCCGUGAUCAUACACAGCCAUAUAUUCUCUUCUGGAACUAGACUCCUAAAAAGCCACAAGCCCUGAGUCGCCACUGCCACGACAGACCAGGGAAAUUACAGCAUUCACUCCACAUGAUGGAGCGAUCAAAGUCGGCAAAGCGCAAGUUACCAUCCGCCGGCUUGCAGAGACGAGUGCGAGCAAGAAAGAAUGAGCCAGAGCCCGAUUUCGAACAAGACCAUGAUAGUCAGUCAUCAGUAGAAGAGAGCGAUGGCGAGGACGUAUCUCAACUAGGUUCCGAGGGCAGCGAGGAGGAGGACGACGACGAAGAAGAAGAAGACGAAGAAGAGCCCGCCAACCCCGGGCUCGCAGCAACCCAAAUCUCCUUUGGCGCCCUGGCAAAAGCCCAAGCCUCCCUGCCCAGCGCGCGCAAGAAACACCAAAAGGGCACAUCCCAGGACGGCUCGGGAGAUGAGGACGACGACUCCGGACCCGAAGAGGUCGAUCGAAAUGGCAACACCAAGCUCAAGCCCAUCGCCGGCAGGUCGAGCAAGCACGCGCCCGCCGAGAUGACCUCGAAGCGCCAGGUCACGCGCAAGCGCCAGGUCGUCGACACAAACACAAUACAUUCCCGCGACCCGCGCUUCGGACCCCCGCUGGGCGGCAUCGACGCGAGGACGAACGACGAGGCCCUGCGGAAGAAUUACUCGUUCCUCAACGACUACCGCGACACGGAGAUGAAGGAGCUGCGGGCCAAGAUCAAGAAGACGAAGGACCCCUUCGAGAAGCAGCGGCUGGAGAGGGAGCUCCUCAUCAUGCAGAGCAAGAAGCAGACGCAGGAGCGCAAGGACGCGGCGAGCCGGGUCAUCGAGGAGCACAGGCAGAAGGAGAAGGAACUGGUCAAGCAGGGCAAGACUCCCUUCUACCUGAAGAAGAGCGAGCAGAAGAAGAGGGUCCUGGUUGAGAGGUUCCAGGGCAUGAAGAAGAGGCAGGUCGACAAGGCUAUCGUCCGGAGGAGGAAGAAGGAGACUGCCAAGGAAAAGAAAGAAUUGCCCAUGGAGAGACGUGCCAGGUGAUGGUGUUUCGGGCAGACCGGCGAGGAGCCUCCUUCAUAUUAGUCUUGCAGGACUUCGCAGAAUAAGUUUACAAUUGAUGAUACCAACGAGG